AUGUGUCACAAUGCUCAACAAACUAUGAAUUAUAAUGAAAAUGAGUGCGAAUAUAAUAAAAACCAUAAAUCAAAUGACAUUGAAUAUAAUUUAGUGAAAAGUACAUUUGAAAGUGCAAAGAAAACGAGAACAUUACCGAAUUGGUCAAUAGGAACAAAUUCCAAUAAACUAAAUAAGUGCAGAGUUAAUACAUAUAAUCGCGGCAGUCGAAACAAACGAGAUCAGUUCAGUAAAACAAAUAAAUCAGCAACGAAAUCCCACUUUUCUCCUGCACACAAGAUGAGUGAAAUGCGAAAAUGGCUAACCAUACUAGCCAUUUUCAUGUCAACGACGAAUGCGUUUGCUGUUGCAUUCGCGAAAACGGAUGAAAUGCACAUAAGCACCAUACCAUCGAAACCAUCGAAUAUAAAAGCUGAUGAACAAAUAUCUACAACGACAAUCAAGUAUCUACAUGAAAAGUUACCAAUAACAAAUGCAACAGCAGAUAUAGAUACUGACAGCUUAAAACUUAUGUUGCAAAACAGCACUACAAAUUAUUUCAAGAGCAAACCACUAAAACCACUUAAACCAGUGCACACAGACGGAACUGGUGGUGAUUCCAUUUUCAUGAACAUUGCGAAACGCUUUUCCACUGGCAACGAGCUGUGGGAUGGCAUUAUUCGUGACUGCUACCACAAACCAACGUUUUCCUGCUUUCAGAAAAACGUUUAUGGUUUUCUGAAUGAAGCCCUGGAUGUGCAGGACCUGAAUGUAACGCAGCGUCUUAAAUUCUUCAAAAAUAGUGUUGAUUACGUGGAGCAGAGUGCCGAGCACAGUGCGGAGCAACAGGCACCAACAGAAGCAGCUGCCGCCAAGGACGCAGUAAAUCCAGAUGAAAUCAACGAUGCAAAUGAACAUUUAAACUAUAAUGAAAUACCACAAACUGGCAGAGCAGCUGCUGAAACUCCAAUCGAAGAGGUUACGAAUGCCUUAUAUGGCAAGAGUAUCAAGUUCGCAUUGACACACAAUAUGGAGCUAAAACUGCCUGAGACACUUUUCGAUGGAGCCACUUUUCGCAUUUCCCCACGUUCGUUCGAGGGAAAUGGCAUGAUAGCAAAAUUGGAGUUUAUACCCAAGCAAGAGGUGGAGGCUCGUUUGGCCGGAAAAAUUCUCAUGAAAAAAAUACAGAAAUUUUUCAAAAGUAAAUUGAUGCUAUCAUUCCUCGCUUUGUUAUUAAUCGUCAAAAUCAUAAAAAUAAAAAUAUUCUGGCUGUUACCUUUGGUGAUCGGCGUUAGCGCUGCUAAGAAAUUGCUACUGAAAUUUUUACUAUUCCUGUUUCCGGCGCUAUCACAUCUCUUCAAGCUUUGCUCAUAUUAUCAACAGACAUAUCAUACAACGAAAUAUCAUCACCAUCAUCAUUUAAUCAAUCAUCAUCAUACGGUUGUUCCUUCUUGGCAUAAUGCAGAAACUAGUCCUAUACCAGAAAUAAUAUACAGUCAUCCACCUAAAGGGCACAUAUCAACUUAUUUGCAUGGCGCACCCAUACAUGAAACAUAUGGAGUACCACAUUCGCAUGAGCACUUUGAAAACUGGGAAAGUUCUGGUCCGGGACUAGGUUCAGAAUACAUAAGUGAUAUUAAUCGAGUAGCACAAGUCGAUAGUGAUGGCAACUAUUUCAAGCCACAGGAAAAAGACGCUAAUGAACUAUAUAAUUGGGGUUUAGGUACAACACAACAAACACAACAAUUCCAACAACAAAUUCAACAACAACAACAACUAGCACAACAACAGCAACAACAGCAAUUACAAAGGAAACCACGCCCACCACCAGCAACACAACAACAAAGACCACCAGCACUACAAAAACAACAAAAAUAUCAGUCACAAGUACAAAAUUAUCAACCAGUACACGCCACUAGUCACAGUACAAACCCUUUCAUUAGUCCAGAACAACAAAGUAUAUUUGGUCCGAAAUUGAAAACGCCAUUAGCGGCACAAUCAGCGCCGCGCCCAGUGUAUACACCACCUCCACGUAAUGGCGGACCAUUACCACCACCACCACCUAAUGCAGUUGGGAGUAAUGGCGCCAUUGCAGCGCAAAUUGCAGCGAAAUACAACCCUGUGCGCAAUAAUCCUCAUCAGCAACAGCAACCGCAGUUGUCGCCGGAACUUACUGCACAAGUGAAAGAAGCACUGCGGAUACAGGCGGAACAACGUAUUAUAGCUCAACAACAGAAGAUAUUGGAGAAUCAACCUUUUGUGCAGGACGGUCAGCCUUUGAUGCCGAAGAAUUAUGACCCCUUUUACAGUCCGAUUUUGUUGAAAAUCGACAAAAUAGUUGAACAGCUUGGAGUGACCGAUGACCUGUGCAAGGAACGUUUAGUUUGCAGCAUGUACAAGGAUCCGGAUCGUUACAGUCCGCACAGUAAUUUCGUUUCAGCAGAACUGAGUCGCGAUUCUAAUGAAUUGGAGCCAGUGACUAAGACAAACGAGGCAGUGAUCCGCUUCUAUCGGCUAAUACAAGCUGCACGCGAUGGUCAGGAUCAAAGAGAUUGUCUACGCCUAUAUCCGCAAUGUAACAUAAAUACGAAGUGAAAAAGGAUGUUUCCAUUAUAAAUGAAUUAAGCAGUAAAAGCCAAAUUAACGAACUGAGCAAUCAAAUCAUCUGCAGAAAGUCAGAAAGUCAAAAAGUUAAGCGAAACAAAAUUUUGCUUUAAUCUAUGAAAAUUUCUGGUAAAAUCAGUGUAAAUUUUUUUUUACCAGAAAUCGAAGUCAUUUUAUU